CGGAGCGAUCGACAGUUAUAGAUACGCAAGUUAAACUUUCCCCGCUCUAUUAUUAGUUAAUUGAGCCAGGGUUUCGUUCGAGAUUCUCCCAGAAGCUAGCUGGCAUGCAGGAAGUAUGGUUUCAGUUUGUAUAACCUUAUAUAUCUCUCCAAUUCACAUGGGCAGCAGAGAUCAUAUGAUAAGGGUUGAAUAAACUAUUGAAAGACAUAAAGAAAGUAUAUUUCACAUAAACAUUUGAUCGAAAUAGAAAGACGGUAUAUAUUUAGAAAAGCCAAAUAUCUCAGUUAAUUAAAGAGGCGAAAUUUGCAAGGCUGUGGGAAUUCGACAGACCAUACAAAGAAAUAAUGGAAAACCUAUUUAACACUUCAACAACAACCGCAAUAACAUCCACUGCGUUCCGUUCCGACCGUCGUACGACAAUCGACGAAGAUGCCCUUCAUUUAAGCGUGACGAUCGUGCUCAGCGUGUUCAUAUUCGUAUCCGUGAUCGGCAACAGUCUUGUGUGUUUUGUUUUCUACAAGCAAAUGGGCCUACGCAGAGUCGUCUACUAUCCUAUCAUAUCAUUGGCCGUCGCCGACCUGCUGUGCGGGGCGUUGGCCAUGCCCGCGUAUAUCGCGAAAAAGCACGUGCGCGGUGGAUGGUGGGAAGGUCUCACCUGCGAUGUAUUCCGUUUUACGUAUUUCUUCACGGAGUACGCUUCGGUGUUGAGUCUGAUGGCGAUCAGCCUCGAGCGUUUCAUUGCAGUCAGCAAACCUGUUACACACAGGAUGUGGUUAUCAAAGAAGAAGAUGAUUGCUUUCCUAACGAUAUCAUGGCUCGACGCCGCAGUUGUAGCGGCCCUACCUUUCUUUUGGCAAAAAGGCACCGAAGACGAACCGUGCGUUUACGACCCGACCCGAGAGUGGAGCUUAAUGGUGAUUACGACAAACGUGUUCGCGCCCUUUCUCGUAAUGUUAUUCUGUCACGUGUAUACAGUAAGUUACGCGUUGAGAUUUUCUCGGAAUAGAAAGUCAGAACUCUUAGAGAAAGGGAACAACCCCACGAGCUCGCAAUACGAAUGGCAGCCGGCGGUCGAGAUGAAGGAUAAAAACACCCAAAAAAGGGAACGCGAUAUAACACGUACUUUGGGACUGGUGGUCGGGGCCUUCGUGAUUUGUUGGGGCCCUUCAACCUUUUACUAUUUUCUCCGAAUGGUCUGUCCGCAUUGCUUCCAGCCAUCAUUCAAGAACAUCAAACCGAUAUUCAACGCGGUCGUGAAACUCAUGACGUUCCUAAAUUCGUGCGUGAAUCCGCUGAUCUAUUACUGGCUCAAUCGCUUGCUCAGGAACGCGUUCUACGAAUCGCUGUUGGGAAAGGAGAGGAUGAGAAAACGAAACGCUGAGCGCGUGAGCGCGAUGCUGCGUGAGAACUCACCCGUUAACAGUUCCUCACAUAAAAAUAGAAGUAGCUGGAACACGAAAAAAAGACUUCUUGACACAAACGACUCCGACGAGAGGACUUCCAAGACUCAAACACUCGUUUGAUAGGCAAAUAUUUUCUUAUUACGAAAUUCACGGCAGUUUGAAAUCAUUUCAAAACAUUAAAUGCUCAAUAAGAGCAAUAGUUUGUUCGCAAAAAAUAUUCCCGCCUUUUUUGUUGAUUUUAAAAAAAUGCACGAAUCAAUAAUCAUACGGUUAUCCUUACUGUAAUUUAAUUGUCACAAACUAAACGAUAGCGAUGAUGAGCAGUUAGAAAAUAAACAAGACUGUCAGAAGUAAAAUUACUUACUUUUGUUCCCUUGUAAAGCAGAAAUAAGCUUAGUUGAAUAAACCAAGAAUCCAAGAUGGCGCCUAAUAACAAAUCAUGACCUCAUAUGUAAACAAAGUAUAGUUUAUGAAACU